UUCCUCGUAUACUCAUCAUUUUCUCUUCAGACUCAAAAAAAAAUUCUGACCGUUGUAAUGAAUGCGACGGUGGUGCCACCUUACUCCGGCCACUGGCUAACGAACACAGAUAGGAUGGGUGGAUUGGCUUACGGGAUCGGAGUCUCCAUUGGUAUACUUAUGCUAAUUACCACAAUCACCCUCACUUCUUAUUAUUGCACUCGAAGCCAUAUCUCUGCCUCUCCCACGACCACUCCAAGGACAAGACGCCGGCAGAGAGAGACCAAUGGAACGUUACAACCUGGCCAAGAACAGUUCGACUUCGACGGUGAUGAAAACGACACCGUUGUGGUCGAAGUCAUGGGGCUAAACGAGGAAGUGAUCAAGAGUUUUCCUAAGCUUCCGUACGAAGAGGCUCGUGUGAGUUAUAGCUUGCAAAAGGAAUCGAGUACGACGUCGUGUUGCUCUAUAUGUCUCGCGGAUUACAAGAAAAUGGACAUGAUCAGGGUUUUGCCUGAUUGUAACCACUUGUUCCACGACACUUGCGUUGACCCUUGGCUCAGGCUUCAUCCUACGUGUCCCGUUUGCCGUACGUCUCCGUUACCAUCUCCGGCGAUGACACCUGUCGCUGACCUUCCGAGAGAUUCAUCAAUCAUGUCAAGGUUCUUUGCCAUUCUUCCUCUCGCUAUUUCUCUUAUCCUCCUUGUUUUACCGAUUGUUCAAGCCAUCGAUGUCCAUUACUGUGAAGAGAAUGUAGAGUAUGAAAUAAAAGUGAAAGAGGUUGAUAUAUCUCCUAACCCUAUUGCCCCAGGCGAGCCAGCUACUUUCAGCAUCUCUGCCAACACAGGUCGUGAGAUUUCGUUUGGGAAGCUGGUGAUUGAAGUUUCAUACUUCGGAUGGCAUGUUCACUCUGAGACUCAUGACCUCUGUACUGAGACUACUUGUCCUAUACAAACCGGAGAUUUCUUGGUUGCACACUCUCAAGUUCUUCCGGGUUAUACUCCUCCUGGUACAUACUCGCUGAAAAUGAAGAUGCUUGAUGCGCAGAAGAAGGAGCUAACAUGCAUUAAAUUUGCGUUCGACAUUGGACUCCGACCAUCUGUGGCUGACACUUAGAGCAACUUCACCUGUAUCGGUGAUUGUAUAGAUAGUUUAGAAAAAUUGUUAUUCUUUCUAUAUCAGUUAUGUCAGACCCUGAAUGUGAAUGUGCUCUUGUUUUUUUGGACACCAAUGUGAAUGUGCUUUCUUCACCAUAAGAUAUAUAAAUCUAUCACCAGGUC